CUCUCUCUCUCUCUGUACGCGCGCCAGUUCCUCGAGAAAUAAGAAACCAUGGGCGAUUUGAGGUCGAGAUUCUUGGACGUGUACUCUGUGUUGAAGUCUGAGCUCCUCCAUGAUCCGGCUUUCGAUUUCACCGUCGAUUCACGCCAGUGGGUUGAGCGGAUGCUGGACCACAACGUACCAAGAGGAAAGCUGAACCGAGGACUCUGUGUCAUUGACAGCUACAAAUUGCUGAAAGAAGGAAAGGAACUAACUGAUGAUGAGUUUUUUCUCGCGUGUGCGCUAGGCUGGUGCAUUGAAUGGCUUCAAGCAUAUUUUCGUGUUCUUGACGAUAUCACAGACAAUAUCCCAGAAGAUGCUGUUAAGCGCCGUGGUCAACCCUGUUGGUUUAAGCAACCCAAGGUCGGUUUGAUUGCUGCAAAUGAUGGCACAAUUCUCCACAACCACAUCACAAGAAUUCUCAAAAAACAUUUUAGAGAAAAGCCUUAUUACGUGGAUCUGCUGGAUUUAUUUAAUGAGAUGGAAUUCCAGACCGCGUCAGGGAAAAUGACAGAUUUAAUUACCAGUACGCAUGUAGGAGAGAGAGAUCUAUCUACUAAGUUCUCACUGCCUCUCCACCUACGCAUUGUUCAGUACUACAAAACCACUUAUCAUUCACCCUACCUUUCAGUUGCUUGUGCAUUGCUCAUGUCUGGAGAAAAUCUUGAAAAUCAUAUUAGUGUGAAGAACAUUCUGGUCGAAAUGGGAAUUUAUUUUCAAGUACAGGAUGAGUACACGGAUUGUUUUGGUGCUCCUGAAGUGGUCGGUAAGGUGCGUUAUGGGAUAAUACUCAAUGACUCGUAUAUGACUCAAUCAGGUGUGGUUGCGGAGUACGAGAGUGAGAAUUACGGGAAGCUUGUCAAAUCCAUUGAAGCCCAUCCAAGUAAAGCAGUACAAGCUGUGUUAAAAUCAUUCUUGACAAAAGUUUGUAAUGGACACGAGUGACACAAUUUGAUCCUUCAAUUCAUAUUUCCUUUCAGAAAUCUUGGCAUUGAUUAUAUAACCCAACACCCCCGGGGGGCUAAUAUACAAUACAAUACAAUAUUGGGCUAGUCUAGCCCGAGUGUAAUACUUUUAUCCUACUUUUUCUUUGGAGAAAAUUUAUUUACAAGUCUUAUUUUUUACGCAUUCAA